UUCUGACGGGAGAGGUAUCCGAACUAUAUACCUACCUACUUACUCUCAGUAGAAAAAUUUUUGUACCGGAAAAAGCUAGAUCGAAACAGCAUGCAAAAAUAUACCGCCAGCCAAAGCCAUAAUUUCAGCCAUGUGGUGAAUGGGGGGGGGAUACUUAACUCCUUUGUCCUUUAUUUCCUUAUCAGUAUCACACAAGAUGUGCCGCAUGUACUCAGUACUGAUAUAGUGAUAUUCAUUGACUUAUUGUAUGUGAAUAUGAAUAAGUCUACUAUUGUUGUUGAAAAACGUUUCUUCGAAGUUGGAAAAUUUUUUAAUUCAUAAUAAACAUCAUCAGAGAAGGAUACCGGAGGAGAUGGAACGCAUACAUUUCAAGGAGUUAACUUCCAAAUUGAACGCCUUAGGAUGUGAAACCUCCAAGCUGGCAAGAUUAUUCGGCAUAGUGGAUUGUAUUUUAUCUAAUUUGUUAACUUGCAAUAAAACUGCUGGUAUCGAUGACCAAAAUUGGCCUUGCGAAGUGAACAUCACGUCAAGCGUUUCUGCAGAUUUCAAAUAUUUUAACGAAGAAUUAAAAUUGAUCAUUUUUGAAGAAAAAAAUCGCAAUUCUUCGCCCACUGGAUGGUAUAUUAUUAUGCUGCAGUUCGUGAAUACUCCUAUGGCAUAUUAUGAGGUGGUUAUUUCGGAAGAUGCGGAUAUGCCUUCAGUAUUUUUAAAAAAUGACGAAGAUCCUUCCAAAUUUUUCAAUAUUCGAUCGUAUUUGCAAGUAGUUGAAAAUAAAUUUUUAUAUCCCUUUGUACGGAAGGAAAUAUCAAAAAAUAAACUUUUAAAGAAGGAAUUCGAUAACGAGAGGGCCAUUAACCCGAUCUUUUGCAAAGACUUCCCUAAAGAUACAAAAAAAAGAAAACUGGACGAUGAUUCUUCUACGACAAUUGAAUUUGUGUUACCGAAAUGUGAAAUCCUUAACGGUUUAGUAAUUUUAUUCGAUCGGUGCCCGGAAAAACCCAACGAACCAAGUCGACUGAUGGCGGUAAUAUUAACAAUUUUAAACGAUGUUUAUUCUAUCAAACAAUUAGCGCCAGAAAAAAACGCAAUUUGGCCGUGCAAGAUAUCAUACAGCAACAAUUCCAUCCUUCUUGGAUACACACCACGCCAGUUCAUUAAAACCGAAGAGAAAAAAUUCUUUGUGUUUAAUAUUUGCCUUUUCUCGGAGGGAAAUUAUUAUUAUUUGUCAAUAUCUUUUUUCCAGGGUACAAACAACUCGUACAGAAUUAUUCGUCGGAUCAAUGGUAAUUUAGUGCCAAUAUUCGGUAUUUGUGAUAAACGAGAAGAAUUAGAUAAAUUUUCAAACUUGACGAGUUGGCUAGAAUCGAUUUAUUUAGUAUAUUUUUCGCCAGUCAUCAACCAGUCAAAGUUACCUUCAUUCCCAAAUCUCAUUUCACCCGAGGAUGCUGGAUCAUCUGCUGGUGGUUCAUCCAGAGAAGGAACCGAUAAAAGUGAGCAGGAUGAAGAUGAAAGUGAGCAAGAUGAAGAUGGAAGUGAGCAGGAUGAAGAUGGAAGUGAGCAGGAUGAAGAUGAAAAUUAAUCGAUGAAGAAAUUUCAAUCUUAUUUAUUUUUUUUGUAGGUUUUAAAAUUUCCUACAUAUUAUGGAUAGGUUUGAUAUAUUUUGGGCUUUCUUGUAGAUUUUCUAACAUUUUCCGACACUGCUAUUUUUACGCAGUUUUUUUUUCAUUUUGAUGUACGACGUACGAGUUGAAAUUAAUAAAAAACAUCUCCGAAAAUGUUCUUGAACUUGAUAUCAUAGGCGCAGGUAAUUCAUUUGAGAAUAUUAACGUGUAAAUCGUUUCGUAAAUGAUUAUUUUUCUGAUACUUACUCGAAUUCGUAUUAAAAUAAAAUGGAAUGGUGAUGUGAUAUUGAUAAUGAGAAUGAAUAUUUAAAAAUUGGAUGACAUUUUCAACAAUAGGUAAUAAAAUUGACUUUCGAAUGAAGUUCUCGAAUUGUAAAUGAUUCAAAUAUUCAAAACGUUCGUAAACGUAAAAUCAAAGAUCAUGAAAAUGAUUGAUGAAUGCAGGUAUUGCAGGUGUCUCUUGUGAAUAACCUCAACCUCAGUUGAUGAAAAAUUGCGACUGACUUGCCGAAUUUGCCAGGUUUUGGAUCUGGUCUGGUAUAGCCAAAGCAGUGGUAACGAAGAAGAAUCAUUGGAAUUGUAAAUGUAAAUUGGAGCAAAUGAAAAUUACAGAAAAUUAUUUUCGAUCCCCUUUGAACUUUGAAGAGUAAUUUUUGCAUUUAAUUUAAAGGUGACAGUUGUUCAAUGUAAUUUGUUGUUUCAGAAAAAAAAAUAAAAUUUGGCGCGAGUUUGAUCGAGCUGCGCUCUAUAAUUUGAUUUUUAAAGUAAUUCAGCUUUUGCUUGGUGCUUGGUCAUUCGAAUUUCCUAGGUACUCUCAUAACUCAGCUUGGAAAAACUGAUAAAAAUUUUGCAAAGCUUUUCGUUUUCUGUAAAUUUAAACUUUAUUAACUUUAACCUUCAUCGAUUUUUGAAGUCAAAUAUUCAGUUAAAAGCUUAAUAAAAGUAAGUUUCCAUUGUUUUUUUUUACACGAAUAAUAGGUUACUCGUCAUCAUGGCAGGAGAUGGAAGUUAUUACAGUGGUGCUGAUUACGUUUACGAUGAAUCAAAAUUCAAAGGCUUUUCGAAAUACUACAACGCUGAAACACCCAGAGGACGUGCUACGGCAUCCAAAAUUAAUUUGGGUAUAGUUUUCGGCACCGGUCUUUUCUUUUUCUUGAAAUCGAAAUUCUCGAAGAAAUAAACGAUACAUUAUUAAAUUAUGCUAAUGUUUAAGCUUUUUCUGUAGUUAUCCAUGCUCGUAUUUUCCAGCCUAUAUAGUUAUGUGAAACAGUAAUUUACAGCAAAAAUAUGUAAUAAAACUUUAUUAAUAUAA